CUGUAUAGACGAUUACCUGUUGAAUGUGUCGGCAGGUAAUGCGGUUCUUAUCGAAAAGAAUGAAUUAUUCAGAAAUGUAACUGGGGACAAUAGAAUACCUGUUAUCGAGGUGCAGGUGGAAUUUGGUAAGAUAGGCCGUUUUCCCUGUGGAAAAAUGAUCGGAAGCGACUACACUCUCGAACUAUGCAACGUUUUUUACUCCGGGCAGGUCGAGCCAGGGUCAUGCAUUCAACGAAUGAUAGGGAACAUCAAAACGGGGAUCAUCCUGAAAGAUGUAUCGCUGACGGUGCAUUCAGGAGAAGUUCUAGCUGUCCUUGGGUCUAAAGGUAGCGGAAAGAAAGCUCUCCUAGAUGUUAUAUCCAGGCGAGCCCAAGGACCAAUCAGGGGUCAAAUUUUGCUCAACAAUCAACCGAUGAGUUUGUGCCUUUUCCAACAAAGAUGCGGUUACGUCACUCACAAGUGCGAUCUUAUUCAAGGACUGACGGUAGAGCAAACGCUGUUCUUCACGCCCACAAAAAUGACGGGUUACCUCAAAUCAUCAAGAGUUAAACAAGUGAUGGCGGAUUUGGCAUUGUCCCAGGUGGCUAAUAGGUGUACUGAACAUCUCACAAAAAGCGAAUAUAGACGAUUGAUGAUUGGUAUUCAGCUCAUCAAAGAUCCAGUGGUAUUGCUGUUGGACGAGCCCACCUGGGAUUUGGACCCGUUAAACACGUACCUGGUGAUAUCGAUUCUGUCCAACGCAGCAAAGAAAUACGGCUCCGCCAUAAUUCUCACAAUGGAGAAGCCCAGAUCCGACGUUUUCCCAUUUCUCGAUCGAGUUUUGUAUCUAUGCUUGGGGGACGUCGUGUACGCGGGGGGCACCAGGCAAAUGCUGGAGUAUUUCGACGCCAUCGGGUUCCCAUGUCCCCAAUUGGAAAACCCUCUCAUGUACUACCUGUGUCUGUCGACGGUGGAUAGGAGAUCCAGGGAACGUUUCCUGGAGAGCAACCACCAAAUAGCCGCUUUGGUGGAAAAAUUCAAGAUCGAGGGCGGGGCUUACCGGAAGACGACAUCCAUCAACGGACCAGGACAUCCGUCGGAACAUAAAAUUCCGUUGCUGCUAGGUCGACCUAACAAAAUGUCGGUCGGCUGGACCAUACUCGCGAGACUUUUGACGGCUACCGUUUCCUUCCACGCAGCUGGCUUGCGCCAACUUUUCCUGCGAUUGUUUUUCGUGCCCAUUUUUUUUUUCGUUCUAUGGAUCUUCUACAAUAAAAUGGAGAAUGCUCAACAUACGUUCAUCACUCGAAACGGAUUGGUGUUCAACUGUUUGGCAGGAGUUUAUUUUUCAGGAAUUUUGAACGCCGUUCUAAUGUAUCCGAUUUACAGGACUAGAUACUUUCAGGAGUCCCAAGAAGGCUUAUAUGGUGGCACGUUGUUUUUGAUCACAUACAAUAUCGUGUCCCUACCGUUUUCGUUCAUCUCUGUCCUAGGAGCGAGUGCCAUUGUUUUUCCGUUGGUGGGCUCUUUCGACCAGCUCAUGGAGUACUUCUAUUUCGGGCUGAUUCUUUGGGCGUGCUACAUUUUCUCCGAGCAGCAAACCAUGGCCACACUGAUGAUUGUCAAAGACCACCUCUCCGCCGCCAUUUUCAGCAUAUACGUCACCUGCGUUUGUCUCACUUUGAGCAGCGGCAUAUUGAGGUCAAUUAAAGGUCUCCAAGAAUGGCUCUUCUAUCUCACCUACGCGACGCAGGCCAGAUACGCGUCGGCUUUCCUAAACCGGCAAGUUUUCUUGCACCCCCAACUCCACGAUCCGCUCCCUUACGAUUGGAGACACAAUUGCACCAGCAUGAACUUUGUCGAGACGUCCGUCUUGACCGGACCUGCGAACCCUUACUGCCGCUACGCCAAUGGACAAAGUUAUCUAUCCGAGAGGUACACCAGGGACCCCGGGGAUAACAUUUUCAACGGAAUUUUAGGUUUCGACUUGAAUAUCGGCAUAACAUUCGCGUUCGCAUUGGGAAUGAUCGUUUUCAACUUGUUCUUGUACUUGAUCCCUCUGCCUUCCUUCGUCAAGGCCAAGUUCCGCGAAUGAGCUUGGAUGCUUUGCAGGAAAUCGAUUUCAGGAAAAAUUGAAAUACUUGGCAACCCGGCGAGUGCACCAAAAAUUGUUCCUUCCUAUACAUGGACCUUCAAAUAUUAACAGUGAACAUAAGCAAGACAAGAUGGGACGCUUUCAACGCCGCUGCUCUUAUUGGGCACUCGGUAGCAACAAGCAUGUAUCAUGUUUUAAUUAAGCUGCGUACGAACUUGAGAUGACAAUAUAAGGCCGAAAAUGAUUAAAUGCAAUUUUAAUAUGGAUGGAAAUUGAUCGCAAGUGAAAUAAAAUCAAAUUGUUGCAAUAUUCGAGUAUGAAGGAAUGCGAAAUACAGAACUUGCAUGCUUAAAUCACAUUAAAAAAGAAGUAAAAGAAUGAUAAUGCAAAAUUAGCGAUAUUAAAAAAUUCUGAGAGUGGUAUAUUUCUAAAUAUUUAUAGAAAUGUGGUCUAAUGGUUUUUUUGAUUUUUGAAAUACAAGUUUCGUUUCAAUUAAAAUAAUUAUCUGUCGAGAUUAUUUAGGAUCUGUGAAAAAAUACUGCUACUCAUUUUAUAUACUAAAAUAUUGAUUAAGGUAAGUUAUAAAGAAUAAAAUUUAACCAAUAAAUUAUUUUAAAUGUAAGAGUAGGAGAUUAAAAAUCUUAGGUUAAACUUAUUGACGUUGUAAACAAAUUUGUGAUACUACCUUACUCGGUACUCUGUAAACCUAAAAUAGUUAACGGCGAUCCACAAUAUAGUCAACAAUUUUGGUUCAAAACAUAUUUUUCAAACUAUACUCUAGUCUGGGUAUUAAAUAUUUGUCGUUUUUGCAUAUAUACAACAUUCCAUUGCGUCAUAAAUGCUUAAUAUGUCAUACGAUCGUGUGUAAUUGUAAAACUGUAUAUUUCGAAAACAGUUGCUUAUUUUUUAGUUGUUAAUUAUAAACUUACGGUUUUUUAUGAACAGUUUUUAGUAUUUGUACCAACCAUACUUAGACCAGCAAUCUAAGAAAACAUAAGAAGUUUGAAUUUUUAAUAUAUUUUUUGAAAUUUGUUUUCGUCAAAAUUAAAAGCUGAGAGAAGUCAGGAAAUCUAUUUAGCUUCUUUAAAAACGCAUUCACUAAUGACAGCUGGGUUCAUUAAUUAAGUGACUAUUUUAAUUAUAGAACUUAUUUUUAGGGUUAGCCUUAUCGUUGUCCGUCCAAUUUUUUAUAUUACGUUAUUAUAUUUUACUUAUUUAGAUCUGAAUGUAUUUGAUUCUUUUAACAUUUACGGCUGUACGUGUUUAUGUAAUAAGUAUAUUUUUUUAUAUUAAUAUUUAGCCUUAUUUUCUUCGCCCCUUAUAAUGCAUGUAUAAUAAUAAUAUAUAAUAAUUUAUAAAUAUUUUCAUUUGUGGUAGUCAGAACAAUUCUUUUAUAUAUAAAUUUGUUUUUUUCUUAUUGUACUGAAAGUUUUUGCCCUGUCCCUGAAACGUUUUGUGUUAUAUCUGAAUUGUUUUGCUUUUAAUCUGAAGCAAUUUUCCUUGUGACUAACCAAAACCUUAUGGUUGCCCCUGAAGCUUUAAAAACUUUAAUACAAAUAUAGAACAUGUCAAAAUUUGACUUUUUUUAAUUCUUAAAGGUCACAAAAAACAUAAAUCUUUGGCAUUUACAUAUUUUUUUCUUUUUUGAACAAUUAACUUAUAGGCAGAAUAAUAUAGGAGAAAGGAAAGGCGACAGAGAUGAAAACUAAUAGAUAUUUUUAUAUGGGACACCCUGUGUUAUUUGUGGAUCUCUGAAAAGAACUUAAAGUUACCUUUUCAAAUAUCUGAUAUUUUGCUCUAGUUUUCUUGCAAAAUAUAGUGUUGUACUUUGAACGAAUAGGCUGUGGACACCGAAAUGCAGAAGAGAAAUUCUCAUUUUUGUUGUAAAGACGCUUGGUUUUUGUUUAACCUUUCAAAUAAAUUUCAAAGAUUCAAUGGAAGUUGGUACUAGCUACUGUUGUUGGUCUUCAACUUAAAUAUUGACGUCGUAAAAUUAUUUUUUAAGGGCUGCUAAAACUACCGUUUCUUGUAACUCAUACCGACUUCAUGUAGUCUUUGACCAGUUCUUUUCAAACUGGUUGCUAUUAAUUAGGUAGUGUCCCAAUCACCCAAAAAUGUCUGUAAAGGUUGUUUCUUUUAGGAUAUUGAUUGUAAUACAAAUUGCUUGUACCCCUGCAUUUCCCAUUUGUAAUUACAACGACCAGU